AAACCAGAUUUACCUUGGAAAAUUAAAUUUAAAAUGGUCAGAAAUAUCUCUAAUGGUAUAAGAAAAUUACAUAAACUUUCAAAUUCUGCUCACAAAAAUUUGCAUUCAAGAAAUAUUUUGAUUGAUGAGGCCAAGUUUAAUUGUGUAAUUAGUGACUUUUGGCGUGAUCCACCAGGAAAAUCGUCUAAUAAUAUUUACAGAAAUAUUUCAUAUACUGCUCCCGAAGUAUUAUGCAACAAGCCAUAUACAAUAAAAUCAGAUAUAUACAGCUUAGGGAUAAUAAUGUGGGAACUCUCCUCUGAUAAACCCCCUUUUAACGAUAAAAUUACUAGAUCAAAUGCUGAGUUUGCUAGUGAUAUAAUUAAUGGAUUACGACCAAAGGUUGUUGAUGGAACUCCACAUGAUUACGCUGCUUUAAUGGUUAAAUGUUGGGAUACGAUUCCCGAAAAUAGGCCCGAUGCUAAUAUUAUUAUGAAGGAAAUGGAGACAUUACUUAGAAAUAUUUAUGAAAACGAUGAUAUAAAUCGAGAAUUAAAACUCAUUCCAAUUAACAUUGACUCUAAGAUGUCAGUGAAAAAUUUUAUUAAAUGUCUUGGAAGAAAAUUUAAACUACUCGGUUGUCUGACCUAG